AUGAUUCGUGCAAGCUUGCUUGCGUUAUUUUCAACGCUAAUAAUAUGUGGAUUUUGUGGCAAGGAAUUUGAAUCGUUAAGCCGUUACUCGUGGCGGUGUAAAAGUAAAGUUGGAAACGAACGAGAAUCCACUUUGAAUGUUAAUCCUGCUAUGGAAAUGCCUACACAAAUGUGUCUACCUGUAAAGUCUUGCAAAGCAGUCAAAUGUUGCUGUGGUAAAGUCUGCAAAGGAGCUCGUGGACUUAAAAUGCACCAACGAAGCUGUAGAGUUAUUGACGACCUUGAAGACGAACUGCAACAACAAAUGACUGAAGCAUUGAACGACGACAAUCAUGAGGAUAACACUGACCCAGUUAACCCUGAAAUAUCACCUUUGAACACCCAAGAAAACUUCCCCGACUUAAAAAUGGGGAUAAAACUACCCAAAUCGCCAUUACAAUGGUCAACUGCCAACGACUUUUUCAAGUUAACCUUUUUGAAUCACCCAAUCACACCGGAUGAUCUAAAUAACAACAUCAAUACCAUGGUAACCGUCGUCUACAAUUACUUUAGUGGGAAUUUUGGACAUGUUGACAACAAUAACAGUGUAGAAUUCGAAAGAAAAUACCAAACAUUUUCAACAAAGGAUUUAAAAAAAGCUUUAAAGAAACUAAAACUGGAAAACGGUAGUAUUCUGGAGAUCAAAUUUGUCGCGAAGAAAUUGCGCAUCCUGCUUAAUAAGUCAAAUAAUACGGAACUGCAUAAUUCUGAUAGUCAUGCAUCUGCAGACAUUGAUAACGAUAAUCUAAUUGGUAAAAACUUCUGGGGUUACGUUAAAAAAUUUUUCAAAAAGAAUACCAGUUCACUUCCAUCAUUUAAUUUAGCGCAAUGUACAUCCUAUUUUACCAAAACAUUCUCCACGAUUAGCCCAAAUAAAACAUUCAAUAUUCCUAGGUGGAUCCCAAAAUUUGCUUCUCCUCAAACGCCUUUUAAGCUUGACCCCCCGACCUAUCAAGAGAUUACAAACGUCAUACGUAAAAUGAAACUGUCUGGCUCACCAUGCCCACUUGAUCAGAUAUCAAUAAUCUGUUUUAAACGAUGUCCGUAUCUACGUUCCUACUUGGGCAAGUGGCAUACUUCGAAACCCGGACCGGACUCGGACUCGGACCCGGACUCGGACUCUAAGAAAAUCCGGACUCGAGAAAAACCCGGACCCGGACUCGAAAAAAUCCGGACUCGUGUUUAAGAAAACCCGGACUUGACUUUUGAAAACCCGGACUCGAAAUAGAAAAGACCGGAUUCAAAACAAGGACUCUGUGUACGAGAAUACAAAGGUUUUUUGGAAAGGUUUAAUAAUAGUUAACAUGAUAAACGAUGAUCUCUUAUAACAGUAAUCCGGUAUAUAUCUUUAAUUAAAUAAAUUUCUAGAGUGCUGUUGCACAAUCUGGCGUAGUGCUGGUAAAGAAUCUGAGUUGCAUCGGUAAUAUUAAAUUUGCGGAUUUGUUCCCUCGCGCGGGUGUCCCUAUCUCUUCCCGCUUUCUAUAUAUAGAUAGAAUACUUUAUUUGAAAAGCAAUAAGCUUGGUUUCGAAAGGUGUAGAUCAUUUUCUUUUCUAGUGACUCAGUGUUAUGUGUUAUGUGAGGAUACUAAUCAGUGAUCAUACUAUGGUUCCUCACAAAAUAAUCACUAUAUAGUAAACCUGAACAAAUCAUUUAGGCACUUGAACACCAAAAUGCAUUUAUGCAUACUUCCGCGAGUAGCUAAAUCUACCCUAAACCCGUAAAUUAAUAACUAAAAUCUGUCUCAGCAGUCAAGAAUGUCUUGUCUGGAAACCAUCUCGAUACACGAUUGCUGCAACCAUAGCAGACAACGUGAUAUGGCGGCAAGGGUAAAAUAUACCCCAACACAUGUAUCAAUGGACAGCACACUUUCGAAAAAUUUGUCAAAAUGACACGAAAAAUAACUCGACCGUGUUUUGUGGCUUAGGCCAUCAUUUCAAUGGUAGCAAAUCCAAUGAUAGCUUUCAAAGUCCCGAAUAUAUAUAUAUACAGUAUAUAUAUUGCCAAAAAACAAACUCAAUAAAAAUUAUUUCCGUUUUAGCAAAGUAACUUCAACCGAUCCGGAAAAGCACAUCACAUGCUGAAGGCAAUGAAGGUGUCGCGGCAAUUUGAUAUUAUAAAGUGCUCUCAAAUAUAUUUGGGCAAGACGCUGCUGUAAACACGUUUAUUUUCUCAAUUUUGAGAUUAGAUCAAUUUUCUCAAUUUUGAGAUUUUAGUUAUUAAUUUAGGUCUAGGGUAGAUUUAGCUGUUUAAAGUGUCUAAAUAAUUUUUCAGGUAUAUAUACUAUAUAGUGAUUAUUUUGUGAGGAAUCAUAGUAUGAUUACUGAUUAGUAUCCUCACAUUGUUAACACAUAACACUGAGUUACUACAAGAAAAAAUGAUCUACAUGUUUCAAAACCAAGCUUAUUGCUUUUGAAAUAAAGUAUUCUAUCUAUAUCUAUAUAUAGAAAGCGGGAAGAGAUAGGGACACCCGCAAUUAUUACCAUAGGCGUACCGGGCGGGGGGGGGGCGGUAGCCCCCCCCCCCAGUUUUUUGGGCAGUCGGGCAAUAUUCGAUCAACAGUCGGGCAAUUUUGGUUUGCAAUAAAAAAAAAUGGGACAAAUUCUGUUAAUUUUGUCUAAAAUUAAGUAUUUUUUUUGGCAAAUUUUGUGAUUUUUCGAAAAUUUUUGUUAUGUUCCGAAAAAUAUUGCUUGUCCGGAAAAUUUUUUUGACCCCUAAAAUGGUACACUAAACUUUUCUAAAAAACCUUUGCAUUCUCGUACACAGAGUCCUUGUUUUGAAUCCGUUUUUUUCUAUUUCGAGUCCGGGUUUUCAAAAGUCAAGUCCGGGUUUUCUUAAACACGAGUCCGGAUUUUCUUCGAGUCCGGGUCCGGGUUUUUCUCGAGUCCGGAUUUUCUUAGAGUCCGAGUCCGGGUCCGAGUCCGAGUCCGGUCCGGGUUUCGAAGUAUGCCUCCUACUUGACUGAGAUAAUCCAUGCAGCUUGGUCACGCGGUGUUGUCCCAUCUGAAUGGAAAAAAGCAUGCACAAUAUUAAUUCACAAGAAAGGAGAAACAAACGACUCAGCAAACUUGCGACCAAUUACUCUUGAAUCCAUCCCGCUUAAAGUCUUCACAUCAUGUCUUCGAAAUAAAACAUUCGAAUUUCUGUCAGACAAUAAUUACAUAGAACAAAACAUCCAGAAAGGUUUCACUCCAAAACUCUCAGGAAUACUAGAACAUACUGCUCAGAUGGCACAUAUAAUUAACACAGCGCGUACCAAGCAACGAUCUAUAGUUAUUACAUUACUCGAUCUUAAAAAUGCAUUUGGCGAAGUCCAUCAUAACCUCAUUUACGAAGUCCUUGAUUAUCAUCACGUUCCUAAUCACAUAAAGAACCUUAUCUGCAGUCUUUACACUGAUUUCCAAACUUCCAUCAUAACCGAACAGUUUAACACCCCCUUCAUUACAGUCGGUCGUGGCGUUCUUCAAGGCGAUUGUCUCAGUCCACUUUUAUUCAACAUGUCAUUCAAUACUUUCAUACAACAUAUUAAAUCUGAAAAAUACCGUCAGCUUGGUUUUUGGAAAUUAAGUGAAAUUGGCAUUCCGUGCAAUCCUAUACAUUGGUUUCAGUUUGCAGACGAUGCUGCUGUCAUCAGUAGCCAAGAGAAAGAAAAUCAAAUGCUCCUUAAUCGUUUUACAAUCUGGUGUCAAUGGGCUAAUAUGAUUAUACGCGUUGACAAAUGUUCAACAUUUGGCAUUAAAAAACAGUUAACUAAAUCUAUCCAGUAUUUACCCAAGCUUUUCGUUAAUAACCAUCUUGUACCCAGAACCGAAAUGGGCAAAUCUUUCCGUUACUUAGGUCGCUAUUUUGAUUUCAAUAUGUCUGAUGAGGAACACAAAUCAGAAUUACUCGGUGUGUUUAAUGACAUCAUGAAUAAAAUUAAUGAACUAUACCCUUACACCCGAAAAAUAAAAUUCUACUAUACAGUCGUUACUUGCUGUCAAAGAUAUCCUGGGACUUCACUGUUUCUGAUAUAUCUAAGACCUGGAUCUGCGAAACGUUAGACAGUAUUGCGACGAAAUAUAUACGAAAAUGGCUGGAACUUCCUGUCUCUGCAACCCUUAGCAACGUGUUGCUUCCACAAAAUAAAUUUGGUCUGAAUAUUAUUCUCCCUUCGACAAAAUUUAUCCAAUGUCAAACUGUCUCUCAAUCAGCUCUAAAAUACUCACCAAACGUAGAUAUUAACAAUCUAUGGGCGGUGACGAGUACCAACAAGAACGUACAGUAUGACAUUUACAAAGACACAAAAGACGUACUUAAGGCAGUUAGAAAAGAAAACGAACAAAGACUUCAAAACCACCUCAUUUCGCAAGGUUCUUUCUUUUCCAGUAUCAUGAAUCAUUCCACGUUCACAUUCAACUCUUUAUGGUCAUCCGUUCAGAGCAAACUUUCGAAAAACAUUUUUAACUUCACCAUCCGAUAUAUCAAUAACACACUUCCAACACGAAAGAACCUAUCAAAAUGGGGACUAUCAUCAACAUCCGAUUGCUCUUUCUGCUCCGCACCUGAAACGCUGCUCCAUGUGAUUGCUGGAUGUAAGACAUAUUUAGACGAAGGCCGGUUUACAUGGCGACACGAUUCUGUUUUAAAUUUCCUCGCAUCCACUCUUACUGCUGUGAAAAAUUCCACACUUUGCGCGGACAUUCCUGGUUUUAUGAAUCCAUCUGUUAUCACGGGAGAUCGUUUACGACCUGACCUUCUGCUGGUGACUGAAAACAGAUGUCUAUACAUCCUCGAGCUUACAGUCGGUUAUGAAUCCAAUCUGCAAGUUAACGCCAAUCGUAAGCGUCAAAAGUACCGUGAUCUAAUCAAUGAGCAGGAAGCAGAUUAUGAUAAAGUCAAGUUCGUCAAUUUAUCUUUGAGUACCCUCGGAGUUUUUGGCCGAUCUUCUGAAAAUUUCGAUGGCAUGCCAAGUAGCCUUAAAUGUGAUGCCAAGUAUAGUAAAUACAUAAAAAAGAAAAUCGUGAACAUAUGCAUACGAACAUCAUAUUAUAUAUUUUGUAAACGAAACAAGGUGUGGGAUAACCCAAAAUUAAUGUUAAUAUAAUUAUCCUUCUUAAAAUAAUUAUUGUGCAAUAAAUAUAUAGUAUCAAUUCAAGUAGACAUUGAUAAACUACCUGUAAAGCGAGGUUUACCAUUGUAGUUGUAUAUAUCAUAAUAAUCUUAAUAAAUAAAUUUUCCAUUAUUAUUAUUAUUAUUAUUAUUAUUAUUAUUAUUAUUAUUAUUAUUAUUAUUAUUAUUAUUAUUAUUAUUAUUAUUAUAACAAUGGUCUCAUACCGACUAUUCAUAUGGGAGAAUCUUUUAAAUAUCUAGGAAGAUUCUUUGAUUUUGAUAUGUCCGACCAAGAACACAAACCUGAACUAAUGUCUCUCAUUGAUGAACUAAUGUCUGAUAUCGACCAUAAAUCUCUACACCCAAAAAACAAACUUAUUCUACACAACCGCUACGUUCUAUCCAAAAUUUUCUGGCAUCUCACUGUUGCACCCCUGUCGAAAACCUGGGUAACGGAAACAAUCGAUUCUGUGAUUAAUCAAUACAUCAGAAAUUGGCUUGAAAUACCCAUUUCUGGAACAUUAAGUAAUAUUUAUCUAACCCAUAACAAAUUCGGUCUGAAUAUCCUCCCUGCAUCCGUCAAAUUUAUCCAAUGUCAAACUGUCCUACGCAACGCCUUAAAAACAUCCCCAAAUGAUCCCAUAAAAGAACUCUGGAAAUCAACUCACAAUCACACUAACAUUCAGUACGACAUAUAUUAUUCAACAAAGCAAGUUCUCAAGGAUUUUCAUUCUGGACAAGAAGAUAAGCUUCAACACCGUUUAAUUUGUCAAGGUUCAUUUUUCUCGAAUGUUGCAAAGUUUUCCUUUUCACAGUUAAACACACUUUGGUCUGCCGCUCAAUAAAAACUGCCAAAGAACAUUUUCAAAUAAAAACUGCCUAAGAACAUUUUCUUCCUACGCGAAAAAACCUUACAAGAUGGGGUUUAGCUUCAAGUCCCAAAUGUUCCUUUUGUUUGUGUUCUGAAACCCUACUACACGUGGUAGCCGGCUGCCAAUCGUACCUUCAGCACUUUACUUGGAGACAUGAUUCUAUUUUAAAUUUUCUCGCUGAAACGUUUCAAACAAUAAAUCCAUGUCAACUUUAUGCUGACCUAUCCGGCUACAAAAGCCCGUCAAUUAUAACUGGUGACCUAUAUUGACCGGACUUACUCUUAAUUACUCCAAAUGAAGAUCUUUAUGUCGUUGAACUUACUGUCGGGUUUGGAUCUAAUCUACGUGAAUCUAAUCUAAAAAAGCUAAAUAUAAAGAUCUAAUUGAAGAUCAAAGGGGUCACUUUAAUUCUGUUAAAUUUGCAAACUUAUCAAUGAGCUCUCUCGGUGUGUUUGAUAAAGAAUGCUUCACCUUUUUAGAAAUGUUAGACACCAUAGGAAUGGAUAAAAAGCAGCAAUAUUACUGCAUAAAAAAGAUGACGUCUUAUGCCAUUAGAGCGACGUACUAUAUUUUUUGCUGUCGAAACAAAGAGUGGACAAACCCUGAAUUGUUAAACAUUUAAAUUAAUAACUACAUAUAAUAAUAUAUAUAAUCAUAUACCCAUUUUAUUCUUGUUUUUACUGUAAAUAGUACAUAUGUAGUACUCUGUGAUUCAUGUAGCCAAUUGUAAAUUACCUAAGUCAGUAGUGAGAUUUACAAUUGUAUAUAUACGUAAGAAAUUCAAUAAAGUUUUCAUUAUUAUUAUUAUUAUUAUUAUUAUUAUUAUUAUUAUUAUUAUUAUUAUUAUUAUUAUUAUUAUUAUUAUUAUUAUAACAAUGGUCUCAUACCGACUAUUCAUAUGGGAGAAUCUUUUAAAUAUCUAGGAAGAUUCUUUGAUUUUGAUAUGUCCGACCAAGAACACAAACCUGAACUAAUGUCUCUCAUUGAUGAACUAAUGUCUGAUAUCGACCAUAAAUCUCUACACCCAAAAAACAAACUUAUUCUACACAACCGCUACGUUCUAUCCAAAAUUUUCUGGCAUCUCACUGUUGCACCCCUGUCGAAAACCUGGGUAACGGAAACAAUCGAUUCUGUGAUUAAUCAAUACAUCAGAAAGUGGCUUGAAAUACCCAUUUCUGUAACAUUAAGUAAUAUUUAUCUAACCCAUAACAAAUUCGGUCUGAAUAUCCUCCCUGCAUCCGUCAAAUUUAUCCAAUGUCAAACUGUCCUACGCAACGUCUUAAAAACAUCCCCAAAUGAUUCCAUAAAAGAACUCUGGAAAUCAACUAACAAUCACACUAAUAUUCAGUACGACAUAUAUAAUUCAACAAAGUUUUCAUUAUUAUUAUUAUUACUAUUAUUAUCAUUAUCAUUAUUAUUAUUAUUAUUAUUAUUAUUAUUAUUAUUAUUAUUAUUAUUAUUAUUAUUAUUAUUAUUAUUAUUAUUAUUAUUAUCAUUAUUAUCAUUAUUAUUAUUAUUAUUAUUAUUAUUAUUAUUAUUAUUAUUAUUAUUAUUAUUAUUAUUAUUAUUAUUAUUAUUAUUAUUAUUUCAACAUGAAAAGAAUAUAUUAGAACAUAUUAGAACAGCAAUCUACUGAGAACUCGACUACGAAUACUUCUACUCAUUCUACAUUUGAGGAAAUUGAUGUAAUGGAAAAUAUUGCGAGCGAUCAGAAUUUUCCAGUGUUGAAGAAAGGGGUAAAGCUUCCCAAAAGCGACGCAGAAUGGUCAACGGCUGACAGCUAUUUCAAAUUUGAAUUGCGACUAAAUGCGCCAAUCAGAAUUGAAGAUCUAAGCUCAAGCAUUACGCUAAUGAAUGAUGUUGUCUACAACUAUUUCGCUGAUAACUUCGGUUAUGUUGAGAAGAUGCCGGAUAAAGAGCUAGUGAAUAAGUAUAAAGACCAAACAGUAAAAGCCUUAAAGAAAUGUCUAAAACAACUAAAGCUAUCGAACGCUGAUCUUCACGAAAUCAAAUAUGUAGCUCGCACAUUGCGUGAUAAGUUGCGUAAUGCUUGUCAAAUCAAUUCAACUCAAAACCAAAACAAAACGUUCAAUCACGACAAUUACAUUACUAGAAAUUUCUGGGGUUACGUUAAGAACGUCCUGAAUAAGAAUACUUGCCUACUUCCAUGCUUUCCAAUGUCAGAAUGCCUAAACUAUUUCAAGAAAACUCUAUGUUCAAUCUAUAAACUGUGGUUCAAUUAACCCAAACAAACUGUUUUGUAUUCCAAGCUGGAUUCCGAAGUUAUCCGAUCCUAUCGUAAACUUUGACCUUCAACCCCCAACAUAUCGCCAAGUUACAAACAUUAUUCGCAGAAUGAAAGCUUCUGGAUCGCCUUGUCCUCUAGAUCAACUUUCAAUCAUUUGCUUCAAACAUUGUCCAUUCUUGCGCACUUAUCUAACCGAAGUGAUACGUAGCGUCUGGUCUUCGAAAUCUGUACCAGCUGAAUGGAAAAAAGCGUGUUCUAUUCUUAUCCACAAAAAAGGCAAUACAAGUGACCCCUCCAAUUUCCGCCCAAUUACUCUAGAAACUAUACCACUAAAAGUGUUUACCUCUUGUCUCCGCAAUGCUAUGUUCUCGUUCCUAACUACUAAUAACUUUAUUGAACAUCAGAUUCAAAAAGGUUUCACUCCCAAUCUGUCUGGCACUCUGGAACACACUGCUCAAAUGACAAAUAUUAUCAACCAAGCGAGAAUAAAGCAGCGCUCUGUUGUCAUCACCCUUCUCGAUCUCAAGAAUGCUUUUGGUGAAGUGCAUCAUAAUCUAAUUCAAUCUGUCCUCGACUAUCAUCACAUUCCCAAAGACGUUAGUGAAAUAAUAAAGAGCUUGUAUACGGACUUCAAUACUGCAUUUAUAACAUCAGAAUUCUCCACCCCAUUUAUGACUGUCGGUUGUGGAGUUCUUCAAGGAGACUGUCUUAGUCCUCUAAUUUUUAAUAUGUGCAUCAAUACCUUUAUUCAACAUAUAAAAACUGACAAAUACCGGCAAUUUGGUUUCAUUACAAAUCUUUUAAACCCAGUCCAUGGGUUCCAGUUCGCUGAUGAUGCUGCAGUAAUAAGCGGUCAAGAUUCAGAAAAUCAACAUCUUUUAAAUCGAUUCUCGAUCUGGUGCCAGUGGUCUAACAUGAUUGUCAGGGUUGAUAAGUGUUCAACAUUUGGGAUCAGGAAAAGUCUGACAAAAUCUAUCCAAUAUUUACCUAAACUUCUGAUUAACAAUGAAUUGAUACCUGCCACUAAAAUUGGAGAGUCGUUUCGAUACUUGGGGAAAUAUUUUGACUUCAGUAUUUCCGAAAAAGAACACAAACAAGAGCUAAUCACUCUCAUGGACGACAUUAUGUCUGAAAUUGAUCUCAAACCUUUGCACCCAAAAAAUAAACUUUUGCUUUAUAGUCGUUACCUCCUAUCCAAACUUUCCUGGCAUUUCACUGUAACCACCUUAUCAAAAACCUGGGUCUCUGAAAAUAUGGAUUCUGUGGUGAACAAGUACGUACGUAAAUGGCUUGAAAUACCUAUAUCAGGAACUCUAUCUAACGUCUACCUUACCAGUAACAAGUUUGGUCUAAAUAUCUACCCGCCGUCAAUUAAGCUUGUUCAGUGCCAAACAGUUGCUCGUAACGCCUUAAAGACCUCUCCAAAUCAUUCCAUAAAAGACCUCUGGAAAACAACAUCUAAAAGCAAAAAGAUUCAGUACGACGUCUACACCUCGACAAAGGAAGUCCUUAAAACUUUUACCUCCGGACAAGAAGACAAACUGCAGAAUCAUCUGAUUUUGCAAGGCUCCUUCUUCUCAAAUGUCAUUAAGUUUUCACUGUCGAAAUUAAACGGCAUAUGGUCUAAAUCCCAAUCAAACCUCCCAAAGAACAUCUAUAACUUCACCAUUCGUUACAUUAAUAACUCACUUCCAACUCGUAAAAACCUUACUACAUGCGGAAUAUUGUCCAACUCUGAUUGCUCCUUCUGCUUAAACCCUGAAACCCUUUUACACGUAGUUGCUGGAUGUCAAACGUACCUCCCACGAUUUACAUGGAGACAUGAUUCUGUUCUGAACUUCAUAGCACAAACGCUACAACCUGUAAACAACUCCAAUCUUUUCGUCGAUCUUCCUGGUUAUAAAAGCCCAUCAAUUGUAACUGGUGACACAUUCCGCCCAGACCUACUUCUAUCUAUCAACUCGGAUUGUCUCUAUAUCCUUGAACUUUCUGUUGGUUAUGAGUCUAAUCUACAAACAAAUGUUGAUCGGAAAAGAAGAAGAUCUCAUUACACAGCAAAAGAAACAAUUUAA